ACUUCCCGAGAAGAGAGAUUCCCGGCGAACGAAGUCGUCGUCCCGGAGCAGAAUGUGAUGAGUGUUUGCGCCGGAAGCGUCAGCUGUUCGUGACGAAUGCUCCAGGACUGAAGUCCUUCCAAGAUGUCAGAUCUCGCGGAGAGGCUCGACGAGGCCCUCGCUCGUGACGAGGGAAAUGUGCCCAAAGCGCUGGAAGAGUUUCUUGCGAGGAAUCUAGAGGACCUCAGAUUUGUUCUGGAUCAUUUGAGAAGCAAGAUCCCGAAGUUUGAUUUGCGUCCGUCAUGCCUGAUGAAAUGCGUACUGACGAUUUCCGAGAGCAUAUCUCGACGUUCGAGAACGGAGGAUGAGGAAGACAUCUGGGAGCAAAUUCUCGUUCGUCUAGGUCACCUUAUUUACUUCUUGAUAGGGAAGCCUCAAUCCCCGGAAGAUGUUGUCGCGCUGUGCCGCUUGAUGAAUAAGAUCCGAUCGACGCCUGAGAGUAGGACCCAGAAGUACAUGACGGCAUUGAUACGGAGCGUUCCUCAAACAAGCGGCCUCAACUUCUCGGACCCGAUUGUUCAAGAAUGCGGUCUUUGGUGCAUUUGGUUCAGCGCUCAGGGGGAGCAAUUCAAAAGCGAAUUGAACACUCCGGCGUUGGAUUCCUACACUCGCGGCUGGAAGCAGAUCAGCCCUUCCGUUUUAAAACGAUGGUCAGCCGCCGUUAGAACGGCCGACAACAAACUCGCUUGCAGAAUCGUCAAUGCAAUCAUACGACUUGUCUCGACGGGACGAGGAGAUGUAUUCGGCGCUCUCGCCCAUCUAGAGAUGCAAUCUCCGCUCAAAGCUGCCGUACGGCUUUUGUCAAAGCGACGCGUGGAAGAAGGUUUCAAAAGAGCCAAAGUCGACGGUGUCGCCGACGAGUACCUCGUCCUAUUGGCCACCCUCAGCGGGCAUCUAGUGAUCGUCUGCAAGGACGAUUCGAAGAAUCUGCUCAAUAUCGCCACGCUAACGAUCGGCAUGCUCAGAUGUAGCGUUGAGGCGAACAGCAAAUGUUUUCUAAACACUCUCCUACUCCUGCGACAUGUGAUCUACCUUAGAAAAGAGUUGUCGUCCAAGGAAUUGGACGACUUUUUAGACCUCUUCUGCAGCGUGCAGGAAUUUCUACCACUUGACAACGAGGAUCACGAACUUUGGAAGACGGAUACCUUCGCGAAAGUCGGUCAAGUACUUCCCCACAUGAUAAGGGAGUUCAAAGAUGUCUCCAAGGCCCGGAUCGUGGAGGAUAUGUUCAUGAAGAUCACAUUCCUCUACAUGGAUCUCAUGCCUUCCUCGAAAGACGUCAUGCAACUCUAUCGCACGACCCUCGCCCUGUUCGAGUCGGCGCUGUAUAUCGAGCAGGACUCGAAUCGACAAUCUUAUCGAUUCUCACCGGAUAGUGCCGCGGCGCUCCUGAAACGUCUCAGUCCGGAGAAUAUCGAUCCAUCCUUGCUCCUAACAUGCAUCGCGCAUAUCCAGCAGUACGAUGUCUUCUUCUGCGACUACCUGGAUAAAAACGAUCCACUCCUGAGUAAGUGGCUCUCGUUGGAACUAUACGCACUUUUGAGGUUAGACAAGGACAAAGCGGCUUCGGCAUACGUUCAAAGUAGGCUGAAGGAAUUCACAGACGACGAGAACAUUCGUGUGAUAGCGAGCGUUCUGGAGCUCAGAUCGAAAGCUCAUCAUGGGGAGGGCUUGGACGACGUGUCAACGAAUCCCGAUGAGCAUGUUUUGAUCCGAUCAGCGAGAACAAUGAUCCGAUUCGGUGUCAAACACAUGCAGUUGAGCAAACUUGUGGCAACAGAGAUCAAAGAGUCCCAGAAGCUCAUGUUCGAGUGUCAGAAGACGGCCCAUGAGAAAUGGGAGGAAUCCGAGAGACAGGAACUGUCGACGGAUAGGGCGUUGGCCUACUCGAAUCUUUGUUUCGGCAACUACCAAGACUUAUUCAGGGACCUACGGUGGACCUUCAACAAUCAUAAGCACCUUACGCACAUUGAGUAUUGGAUUCUACUGUCCACGUUCGUGAUUGACGACUUGCGAACCGCGGCGGGCUUCUUCGCCAUCAACGGCGACUACGCGAACCAGCUAAGAAUGAUCGCUGCCAUGAUGUUGAUCUUAACGAAGAGUCGUGCACCGAAGACUUUCAUCAUAGACACCCAGCUUCGGGCGGCCGAAGCCUUGCUUCUUAUCGGAUGCACGGAAAACGCUCGCGUUAUCUGUGAUAAGGCCGCGGACCUGAUUAAGGAACUGGAGUUCUACUGCGAAGACUUCUACUGCUUCGAAAGCAAACUGGAGCGACUUAGGCUGUGUGCACUCAUCGAGGACAACGGUCCGAAUCCCCCGGAGAACUUGUCCAGCCUGAAGACGAUGGUGCGGUCUCCAACGAUCGAGAAAAUAGCUGUUUUCGCUCUCGCUCGAUACUACGACGGCAAAGCAAUGCAGCAGUGGAAUCUGCACGAAGCCGGUCGAUCCGUGGCGACGGACUUGUUGGACAGCUGCUCGAAAAACAUGUUGACCCUGGUGAAUCACUUGAAGAUGAGGAAAUCGGCAAUGACUACUUGGGAGCGUUUCGAAGUUUCGCGUCUUAUGCUCCUUGCGAAUAUUUGCCGAUCGGAUCUCUACCUACGUCUCGGUCUCCUGAGGGAUGUGAUAAACGGCAGCGUCGAUCACUACUACGAGAGUCAAGAGGUGUUCAGUUUUUAUUUUGUUCUUCAAUACCUGGAACAGAUGACGCGUUGUGCCUUGGCCUUCGAAAUACCGAUCGAUUCGAAGAUGUCCAUAGUGAGCGAUCUCGUCGAUCCGAAACGAAUCGCGCUCCCAGAGAGGCCCGUGACGGAACAGACCGAUCAAGACGAAGCGUACGAGCUGCAUACGAUCGACCGUAUACCUUGGCGAGCUGCCUUGCAUCUGAAAAUGAAGCGAUAUAAUAUAGAUACGGCCAAUAAUCGGGUACCGGCUAAAGAAUUCUUGAAAUUCUAUAAGAGACGCGGACAUAAGAGCGAAUGCGCGUGUCCGGUGUGCAGUAGCAUCGGGAUCGAUCUAACGCUGAAGCAGAUCGACGCAACGGCGGCUUGCGAGACGAAGGAUGACUUCAAGCCGAUGGAGAACUCCAUUUACGAACGUCUGGGGAGCGGUCUCAAACACGUCCUGCGGUUCUGUGGCGUCGAUGUCGUGCCAGAAACCCAUUGCGAGAGCGUGGUGGAGAACAUUCGGAUCGCGCACGCGUUUUCAUUGGCUCAGGGUCACGCGAGCGGAGGAGAUUUCCACAAGUCCUUGAUGGCUCUCGACAACAUCCGUGAGCUCCGUUUGAAUACCGAAAACGCACUGGAGUUGAAGUUGAGGACCUUUGAAUAUACUUAUCAGAUCGACUGGCGGAUCGCGUUGAGUAGGCUCGGGCUGUACACCAACUCGCCGGUAGAAGUCGUGGAACCGAUCGCUUUCGACGCUUCGUUGAAAACCCCGGCACCCAAACGCAGGCUCCACGAGGAGUCUCUGAAACGAGCGCCUGAACCUCGGAGGUUGCGCAUUCGCAGCGAAGAUUCCGACCCGGAAGCUUCUGCUGACGAGGAGCCGCCCAAGAAGAAGGAAACGAAGAAAAAUCGCGGAGAUGGGAAGACGGCGAAAAAAGUUGCCUCCGCAGCGGAGCCCGCCCCGAGGAAACGGAAAGUCGUUCAGGAGCCGCAAACUGUGGAUAAGCCCAGCUUCAAACCGUUAGAGGACCCAUUCGAACGAGUUACCCGCAGGAAAAAACAUCCGCCAGUUCCUCGGCUCGGGUGCGCUCCGACGGACAUAGAGUCGACCGAGGAUUUAUUCGAAGACGAUGGGGAGAUGUCGUUCGUUGACGCGUUCUCCAAGAUGAACUUCAGAGAUCGUUUGAAAAAACCGAAACCGUUGGACGUGUGUAACGCGGACAGCGAAUUCGAUGCCCUGCUGAGAGCAGGUCGAGAAUGCGAGCGCUUAUCGAAACAUUCCUUGGUAGCUGACCUCUUCCAAAACCUGGCUUUCCUCUGUGCCUACAGGGGAAAGAAAGACGAGUUCCUCUUCUACAUCGAACAAUCGAUGGGGCUGGGUCCACGGUUCGCUGCUCUGAAUCGCGGUCAGAGAAUGAAGGAUCACUACCGGGGUGAAUUGGUGGACUCGGCCUACUUCAACCUCAUCAAACCUGCCAUUGAUUUCGAGCCGAACUGGUACGAUCGAAUCUGGGAACACUGUCGACCCGACUGGCUUCUGGUGCAGCUAGCGACCGUCAUGGAAGGCGGAACCACGCCUGGAAUCUUGGUCACCCGUUACGAGUACGGCCAUAGACCCGAGGUUGUUUAUCUGAGCGCGAGUCACGACGUCCAGUUCCAGGGUUCACUUUUCAAGCACUACGACCGAAUCCAACACUUUUCCAAAUGGACACUGAAGGCGAAGACCAAUGACUUCUGGCGUCAGCGAUACGAGACCGAUAGUCUCUUGUCGGAAUUCCGCGGAUCGCUGGAGAACUCCUGGAUGGGCUGCUGGAAGGGCAUGUUCCUGAGCGCGGCGCAAGAUUGGGAGAAAGAAAUCGUCGAUCUAGUCCGCGAGAAAAUCCUCCGAAAGGCCGAAGACGAGGAUCUUAAUGUCGACAAGAGAAUGCUCGAUAUCGGCCUCUGUGGACUGAACGCUCUAAACGGAAUGCAGUUCGCGACGAUGUUGAUCAAAGUACUGGGAGCAGAAAAAUCAGAGAAGAGGGAGAAAAUCCGCGGCUUAGCCUACGAAACGUUCGCAUACGCAUCCGCCAAACGUGGGGAAGUUCAGACGGAUCCCGUACGCUCCCCGGUGAUUCUGGUGUUCGAUAAACACCUGAUCAACUUACCCUUCGAUAGCUGUCCCAUGUUUCACGAUAUUGAAGUGACGAGAAUGCCUUGCAUCGCUCUCACCAUGGCACACGCGUUCCUGAUCAGGCGGAGGGCAAAUAGGGGAAAUCCGCCCUUCAGUCUCGAGAAUCCAAAGAACGGAUUCUAUUGCGUGAACCCAGAGGACAACCUCGAAAAGACCCAGGAACGUUUCCUCCACGAGAUGGUUGACGUAAUUCAUCACUGGGACGGUACAUGCGGCCAGCCCCUGAGCAGGGAAGACUUCCGAAAGAACCUGCAAUCGAAAUCUUUGUACUUAUACUGCGGUCACGGGACCGGCCGUCAGGUCAUGCGAGACUGUGUGGAGUCAAUCAACGUUCGCGCGGUGUCUCUCCUAUUCGGAUGUUCAUCGGCGAGACUGCGUCGUUUCGGAACCAAGACGGAUGUCGAAGGCUACGCCCUCCGCCUAAUCAUCGGGGGAGCGCCAGCAGUUCUCGGCAACUUGUGGGAUGUGACGGAUCGUGAUAUUGACGGCUUCACGUACUCGAUGCUGCGCAAAUGGUUGCUCCCGCUGUUCCCAAAGAGCGCAGUCCGUCUCGAGACCAGGCUUGGAGCUGCCGUGAACAAGACACGAGAGGAAUGUAAACUCAGAGCUCUGACCGGGGCUGCUCCCGUGGUUUUCGGCUUACCCUGCACAAGCUACUCGGACGGAGCCGUUGCUCGAUAUAGGUAA